AGCGCAUCAUGUUUUGUGUGCGGUACUACUGCAUGAAACUGACCGUACUCGGUGGGAGGGGAGGGGCGGAAGGAUAACAAGAAACAUUAAAUCUUGAAAAUAUAUUUGGGAUGGCUGCUGUCACAGAGCCACUUACAUUACAAAGGGAUGUCAAGAGGGCAGUAGAAUUGCUGGAUAAACUUCAGAAAACGGGCGAGGUGCCCACGGCCAAGCUGGCGGCACUGCAGAAAGUGCUGCAGUCAGACUUCUUCAAUGCUGUCAGGGAUGUGUAUGAGCACGUGUAUGAGACAGUGGACUUGGCUGGAUCGCCUGAUGUCCGCGCCUCUGCCACGGCCAAGGCGACGGUGGCCGCGUUCGCUGCCUCCGAGGGCCACGCUCACCCGCGCGUCAUCCAGCUGCCCAAGACGGACGAGGGUCUCGGCUUCAACGUGAUGGGCGGCAAGGAGCAGAACUCGCCGAUCUACAUCAGCCGCAUCAUCCCGGGCGGCGUGGCUGACCGGCACGGCGGCCUCAAGCGCGGCGACCAGCUGCUCUCCGUCAACGGCGUGUCGGUGGAGGGCGAGCACCACGAGAAGGCCGUCGAGCUGCUCAAGGCCGCCCAGCACGCCGUCAAGCUGGUGGUGCGCUACACGCCGCGUGUGCUCGAGGAGAUGGAGAUGCGCUUCGACAAGCAGCGUUCUGCCCGCAGGCGGCAGCAGUAUUGAACGGAGGUGCAAAGGAAGACCCAUCGUCGGCACAGCGAGUGCGACGGCUGCCCAUGGCCACGACAGUCAGCGGUAGAGGAGAGCUCCGCCGUCGGUAGCGGGGUCACGCGCCCGGCCUCACAAGAUUGUCCCCGAUAGCCGUCUGCGCCACUCCAGCGGCGGCGAUCCUGGCGGUGGCGGCGUGACGGUUAUUCCACGUGGUAGAGCGGCGUGUUGCGGUGUGUGGUGUCCGUGUUGGUUUUCGGCCGGCUUGGCGCGAGUUCUGGGUUCAGUGCAGGAGGUGGUCGUGGUACGGGUUUUGUUGCGGAGCACCUGGCGGCAACUAGUCGCACAUCCGUAAUGUUUCGGCCGCUGCCAGUGUCGGCCGUUCUGUUCAUUCUCCCGCCGCACGCACGUGAGGUCGUGUGUGUUGAGACUAGAGGCGCCAUUUAGAAGUUCCCUGUAUCCAGCAGGUUAGAGGUGUAGUUCAGAUCCGAUUCACGUUGUCUGAUCACAGGACUGUGUAUAAUAGGCACCACUCGGUGCACACUGUUGUGCAAUCACUGUCGGCCCUGUGGUGUAGGUGGGCCGCCGCCAGCGGAGCGGUCACGUGACGGCCGGCGAGCCGUGCGGCAGUCAGCCCUCCCCCCAACCUCCGCCUUGGGGUACAGCAGGUCCACAUCUUCCCCCGGGGUGACGCUGGUGUGUCGGUGAUCGCUACCAGACGCCGCCGCCGCCCGUCAGCAGUGCCGCAGACGGUCCGUGUGAUGGCGGCGACGCAGCUCGUCCUGCUUCACUUCUCAGCACGUCAGAUGCUGCAUUCAGUUCCGAUCAUUUUCUAAUUUUGUACUGCGCUGCUGCGUGUUUAGCGUUGGGUUGGCCCUCGUUCGGGAGUACACACUUCCCUACCGCCGUCCGGUCACCAGGGGUCUGCGCGAGCCAGUGUUCAGUUCUGCUGUGAUGCGGGUGUCGGUGUUCAGUUGACAUUCGCAAAGGUCUUUUCAUUGUUUAUGGGCAAACGGAUCCUGUUCAGAAUCCCGUUCACACGGUUUCUCUGAGCGUUCAGUUGUGUGGUCACAAAGUCCCGUCAGCUUUCAGUUACGCAUUCACAAAGAUCGAGCCUGUGCUCCGUUCCCGUGCACGCGGAUCAUGUCGGUGAUUCUAUGUCGUACGAGUUCCAUAAGUGUUCAUUAGCUCGGAGUCAUGGCUCCUCUCAGCGCUGUCGGGUGCAGCUCAGCCGAACCCGGUCGGGGUGUGCUGGCCGGGUCACCGUCAUCGGGGCAUUGCGACAACAUCAUGGCUUGCAGCAGGUCCAGUGGUAGUUGACCCUCUUUCGGUGACCGAAUACAAUUUGCUGUUCCAUCGGCGA